AUGUGCAUGCGCAAUGGCCUAGUGGUGUGUGUCUUUGUGAAGCAUCGCAACCAGACCAACUUGACAGACAUCUGCCUCUUCAACCUGGCUCUCUCCGACCUCCUCUUUGUCCUCACGCUACCUUUCUACUCUCACUACUCUAUGGUCGGUCAAUGGACUUUUGGAGACUUUAUGUGCCGUUUCACCUCUGGCUCCCAUAACACUGGGUUCUUCAGCAGCAUCUUUUUCAUGAUUGUCAUGACGCUGGACCGCUACGUUGUCAUCAUGCACACUCAAAAGGUGGCCCGGUAUCGCACUGUGAGGUUAGGCAUCGCUAUGACUGUGUUCGUCUGGAUGCUGAGCUUGUGUGUCUCUCUACCGGUUAUUAUCUUCACAAAGGUGACAAAUGACUCUCAACAGCAGGCUUGUAGCUAUGUCCCAAACGAUGCCUGGAAGAGUUAUCACACCUUGACAAUUAAUGUAUUGGGUCUCAUGAUUCCCUUGCUGGUGAUGAUAGUUUGCUACUCCAGGAUCAUCCCCAUACUGGUGAACAUGAGGAGUGCAAAGAAGCACCGCGUCAUCAAGCUGAUCGUCUCUAUAGUGAUUGUCUUUUUCAUAUUCUGGGCCCCAUAUAACAUUUCCCUUUUCUUGAUAUUUCUGAAAUCUGAAGGUGUAUUGCCAAACAAUUGCAACAUGGAAUCAAAUUUAAGACUGUCAGUAACAGUGACUGAGACCUUUGCUUACACUCACUGCUGCCUGAACCCCAUCAUAUACGCCUUUGUGGGACAAAAGUUCAUGAAACGAGCCUUGCAGCUGUUGAGGAAAUGGGUGCCUGGGAUUCUCCUUCCCUCCAACAGAGAUCUGUCAGAUAGCUCAUACAGGAAAAGCUCAAACGUUUCCAGGUCCUCUGAUGUCACCUCCAAUCUCAUGAUGUAGGAGGUGGAGGGCAGGUUAUGUUGUAUAUAUUAUGCGUUAUGGACAUCACCCGCAGAGUUGACAUCUUUGAUCCGGGUAGCCUUGUUAUUAAGGCUACUACUGCCGAGCAUGUUAUCCUUACACAUGUUGCAUGAUUUGUUUUGUCACUUCUAGUUUCCACCUAUGACAGUGUUAUUCAUCAGCAUUGUCUUAAAGGGCCGGUCCCUGUACAUAUUAUCUUUAGACCUUUUUGGUUUUAUUUGCAUUUUGAAUUUGCACUGGAAUAUUUGGUUUGGACCAUAAGAUGCCAGAUGUUUAGGCUCAUUAGGUGUGAUCUGAUGAGCAUCAUUAUCUUCUAUAUGAUCUCAGAUAUUUUACAAAUGCUAUGCAGUGUCCCUCCUUUUCCUGCUGAACAUUGACUGAAACCAUGAGCCUCUUGUUUGUAACCACAAAGUUUGUUUAUCUGUGCCAGAUGUGUUUAAAACGUUCACACAUUAGUUGAUGAGCCUGCAAGAUAAAGAAAAAAAUGAUACGGUAUGGGAAAGCUAUAGCUUUUGAUAUGAUAUAUGGUAUACCAUUUUUAGAGAAACAAUGUAGUCUUUUACAACAUGGAACUGUUUUGUUUUCACAUUCCUUGUGGAAAAAGCUUUUCAUUCAAAUGUUUAAUGAUGAAUCAAAGCCACAAAGUGAAACUAACACAGGGCUAUGUAGCACCUUUCGCACAUUCAAACGUCAUCAUUUAUCAUGGAUUUAAAUCUGUUGAUGUGGAACAAAGUUUGGCUCAUCAUACACAACUGAAAUUUUUGAUAUUUUCUCGAUACAGUAUUUUGCAAAUUUGCAUCCAGUGUUUACAGUAAUACGUUCUUCUUUUGUCUUGGUUAUUGUACUGCCAUUUCAGAUGUUAUUUGCACAAAAUACAGUACAUGUGUUCACAUGUGAGCUUUAUGCUUAAUGCCCUUUGAGAUUUUUUGUUCAUGUUAUGAUUGGCUGUAGUGAUUUAGUUUGCCAGUGGAGGUUAUUAAAGUUUGACAUCUCUUCUCCUAUCUAAGAGUACCAAACAAU